CAACGUGGGGCUCAAACUCCCCACCCUGAGAUCAAAAGUUCCACGUUCCACUGCGUGCUGUCCCGACAGAGCUGGCCGGGCUCCCCUCUUCCUCUUUUCUUAAGAACUAUUUCAGGCUCAUGUCCCCUUUGGUAACCUCCCCUCCCUUUAAGUCACAGGCUAACAGUUCCUUCCUCCAGAAAGGCCCCCAGUGCUCCAUUUGGUCGCCUUCCCGCGCUCAUUUCAUAUUGGUUCAUGUGACCAUUGGCCCAGCCCUUGUGUGCUCCUUCCCGGGCAGUGCCCAGUCCGAAUCCUCCACUGUCUCCCCAGUACUGCAGGGCGUGGGGCUGCUGUUGGUUAAUCAGGAGGAGGGGGCGUGUGCAACCUGAACAUCUAGAAAUCUCACGGUGGGCCACCUGUGUGCAUGUCUGUGUGUGGACAUCCCUCCCCCCCCACCCCCAGGCCUCUUCCCCCACUGCUGUCUGGCCUGAAGGACUCAGGCUCUGUCUGGGGGGUGUGUCCUGGUUCCCCUGGGGCUCAGGGUGGAGUGAGGGCAUUACCAUCACCUCUGGUGACCUCAUUGACAGCUGGUAUUAUGACGUCGCUGGCCCAGCAUUCCGGGUUCCUGCCUGGGCAUCUCCAAGCCCCCCAGGUGAAGACACUCCCCUGGGGUCUGUGACAACUCGCCCCCCCAUCCACAUAAAGAGUGAAGACCCUUCCACGUGGACAGCAGACCAUGUGCCUGCCCUGAGCAGCAGGGCCCACUAGGCAUCGCGGUUGUGGGCAGCCGGGCCGGCGCUCGUCCGUGGACCCCCCCCCCCCCACAGUUGGCAGCCCCCCGCCCCGAGCAGUGGGCUCUGGGCCUCGGCCCCACCAUGUCGAGCCUUGGCAGUAGCCCCCAGGACAGUGGUGGCAGCAGCAGCAGCAGCAACACCGGUGGCGGCAGUGGCCCCAAGGCAGGAGGGGCCGACAAGAGCGCAGCGGUGGCCGCAGCCGCGCCAGCCUCAGUGGCCGCAGAGGAUGCGCCGCCCCCCGAGCGUCGGAACAAGAGCGGCAUCAUCAGCGAACCCCUCAACAAGAGCCUGCGCCGCUCCCGCCCUCUCUCCCACUACUCCUCCUUUGGGGGCAGUGGUGGCAGCGGCGGCAGCAUGAUGGGCAGCGAGGCCGCCGAGAAGGCUGCCGCCGCGGCCGCGGCCGCCUCCCUGUUGGCCAACGGGCACGACCUGGCAGCAGCCAUGGCCGUGGACAAAAGCAACCCUACCUCAAAGCACAAAAGUGGUGCUGUGGCCAGCCUGCUGAGCAAGGCAGAACGGGCCACGGAGCUGGCAGCCGAGGGACAGCUGACGCUGCAGCAGUUCGCGCAGUCCACGGAGAUGCUGAAGCGCGUGGUGCAGGAGCACCUUCCGCUGAUGAGCGAGGCGGGUGCAGGCCUGCCCGACAUGGAGGCCGUGGCAGGUGCCGAGGCCCUCAACGGCCAGUCCGACUUCCCCUACCUGGGCGCCUUCCCCAUCAACCCGGGCCUCUUCAUCAUGACCCCGGCCGGCGUGUUCCUGGCCGAGAGCGCGCUGCACAUGGCCGGCCUGGCCGAGUACCCCAUGCAGGGAGAGCUGGCCUCCGCCAUCAGCUCGGGCAAGAAGAAGCGGAAACGCUGCGGCAUGUGCGCGCCCUGCCGGCGACGCAUCAACUGCGAGCAGUGCAGCAGUUGUAGGAACCGAAAGACUGGCCAUCAGAUUUGCAAAUUCAGAAAAUGUGAGGAACUCAAAAAGAAGCCUUCCGCUGCUCUGGAGAAGGUGAUGCUUCCGACGGGAGCUGCCUUCCGGUGGUUUCAGUGACGGCGGUGGGAACCCAAAGCUGCCCUCUCCGUGCAAUGUCACUGCUCGUGUGGUCUCCGGCAAGGGAUUCGGGCGAAGACAAACGGAUGCACCCGUCUUUAGAACCAAAAAUAUUCUCUCACAGAUUUCAUUCCUGUUUUUAUAUAUAUAUUUUUUGUUGUCGUUUUAACAUCUCCACGUCCCUAGUAUAAAAAGAAAAAGGAAAAAAAAAUUUAACUGCUUUUUCGGAAGAACAACAACAACAACAAAAAAGAGGUAGAGACGAAUCUAUAAAGUACCGAGACUUCCUGGGCAAAGAAUGGACAAUCAGUUUCCUUCCUGUGUCGAUGUCGAUGUUGUCUGUGCAGGAGAUGCGGUUUUUGUGUAGAGAAUGUAAAUUUUCUGUAACCUUUUGAAAUCUAGUUACUAAUAAGCACUACUGUAAUUUAGCACAGUUUAACUCCACCCUCAUUUAAACUUCCUUUGAUUCUUUCCGACCAUGAAAUAGUGCAUAGUUUGCCUGGAGAAUCCACUCACGUUUAUAAAGAGAAUGUCGAUGGCGCCGUACCGAAGUCCCUCUGUAUCCAUCCACGCGUGCAGAGCUGCAGCCAGGAGCUCGCGGGGGGGCGGGAGGGAGGUGGUGGGGAGAGCAGCCCACCCACUCCCGGGCCGCCUACGCUGUACUCCUGGUCCCCAGAACGGGAUCCCCACCCCGACAAUGAUGAUUUUGCGAAAAUGAAAGUUCUGUUCCUUUCUCCAUUGAGAUCUGGGGAGCCCAUGUCUCGAUAUUUCUGAUCCUGGCUACUGCCCUUAGAGAAAAUAAGUCCUUUUUUUCUGGCCUUGCUGAUGGCCAUAGAAGAAAGGGCUUCUUCGCGUGGCCCCCUGCCGGUGGGUAUGGGUGCCCCGGGGGGCCCCCUGCUGCCUGGGCCCCCUUGCCCACGGCCAGCUUCCUGCUGAUGAACAUGCUGUUUGUAUUGUUUUAGGAAACCAGGCUGUUUUGUGAAUAAAACGAAUGCAUGUUUGUGUCACGAA